CAAUCCCUUAUAAAUACGGAGUCAUAACUGACUCACUGCUAACUAUCUUCUAGGGUUUUAGAAUUCACUCAAAAACCUCCCUCAUGGCAGAAGGGGCAGCACCCGAAGUCGCCGAUCCCAACGCCGUUUCCGCCGUAGACAUGGACGUCGAGAAAGCCGGCGAAAACGGUGGCGAGACUAACCAGAAGCGUGCCAGGGAGGAUGAGGAGCCCCUGGCGGACGACGUUUCGAAGAAGCAGAAGGUGGACGAGGAAAAGUCUGUAGAGGAGCAACGACUGGAGAAUAGCAAUGAUCAGGAAGGAAAAGGAAAGGAAACAGAGGAAGAUAAAAUGGCCGAAGCAGAAGCAGAAGGAAAAGAAGAGGAUGCCGCAAGUGUUUCUGUGAAGUUGGGAUACAAGAGCUUCGGUUCUUCCACGGAGAUGUACCAUUACUUCUUCAACAUACUUCAUCACUGGCCUCAAUAUAUCAAUAUUAACAAGUAUGAACAUGCAAUGUUGUUGGAGUUGCUUAAGAACGGCCAUGCAGAGCCUGACAAAAAGAUGGGUGGAGGGGUUCGCGCUUUUCAAGUUCGCAAGCAUCCUACCUACCAAAGUAGGUGCUUUUUCCUCAUCAGGGAAGAUGACUCUGUUGAUGAUUUUAGCUUCAGGAAGUGUGUGGAUCACAUUCUUCCCUUACCAGAUGGGAUGCAUUUGAAAUCUGACGCGAAUAAGGAAUUUGGUGGUAAUGGUGGUGGGGGAGGAAAGGGUGGCAGAGGUUGGCGAGGUGGAAGAGGUGGGCGUGGUGGAAGAGGUGGGCGUGGUGGAAGAGGCGGACGUGGUGGAAGAGGUGGUCAUGGGUGAGGAGGAAAGUGGAGACAUUGAAUAUGAUGUUUUUUUUUUGUAUGCUUGGCCCGCGCAUUUUCGUGUUUCUUGUAAUUCAGAUUUUGAUGUUACACUUAGUUAUGAAGCUUUUUGAGCCAUAUGAGAACUUAUCUUGGUUAUGUAUAGAACCAAAAUAGAACUGAAUGUCUAGUUUGGUUUGACUGACAAGGAAAAGUAUAUUUUAUAAUGUCAUUGGAGACGGAUUUUGACUUGAA